AUGAUGCAACGGGCCGAGUCAUCAUUUCUUGUGUCGGAUUCCAUAGACAAAUUUUGCCCGAAUGUACAUUGUCCCCACCGUGCAGCAGUUGAGCGGGAGCGGUAUACAUCCAUGCAGUUGACUGCCGUCAAUCGCGUUCUGGAGGAGGGGCAGCAAUAUCUUAGGUUAAAGAAUGGACGAUUGGAGGCGGAGAUAAAAAGUAAAAACGAACAGUUGCAGCAAUUAGACACCCUCGCACGGAGGGAAACAACACGACGGGAGGAAUUGGAGGAACAACUCGUUGAAAUCCGGCGGACAAUUCAUGCAAGGUAUUCUGCCGCUUACUCCCAUGCUGCUUCCCAGGAAGCGGAAGUGGCACGGGUGCAGCAGGAGAGGAAACUGCUCGUGGAACAGGUGCUACAACUACAGUCAGCACUGAAUGAAAUGGUGCGAUUGAACGAGGCACUGCAAUACGCACUGCUUUCCAAUGGUAUUGAUGCCUCAACUGCGAUUUCUGCUUCAGUGAAACCGCCUACAAGUACGCCACGUUUACCGAGUAAUUCUCAUUCAUCAUCACCACCAUCGUUAUCGUCGUCGUCCCCCUCCUCCUCGUCAUUGUCAUUCUCAGCGCCAUCACCGAAACACACUUCCGUUUUUCCUCCAUUACACACGGAGUUGCCAGGGGAAUUGAAUGAGAAUUCUCACGAUCUGGAAAAGAGCCAUGAGUCCUUUAAUAAAGAAAGAAAAGAGGCGGUCACAAUUCUCCCUCCUGUAAGAGAAAAACAACGUGAUGAUUUCAAUUCGGAUUUGAUGACAAUGCAGAAUGUCGUAUCGGAAUUACGGUCAUUAAAGGCCUUUUUAAAUUCCAUUGGAGGGGCAGAGUCGUUGAAAUGA